GGCUGAAGUUCACCCUUUCACCUACAACAACAAUGUCGCCCUCAUUCUAUGCACAGCCGCUCAUUCGAGCUUCACGGCAAUUAUUACGACCCAAUGUCCCUCGCUCAGCUCUCCGCAACACCCGGCGGAGGAACUUCGCCGAUGUCGCUAACGACGACAUGGCGCUUCCCUUGAAGGGCAUUAAGGUGCUGGACAUGUCGCGAGUCUUGGCUGGGCCAUACUGCACACAAAUACUGGGUGAUUUAGGAGCAGAAAUCAUAAAGAUCGAGCAUCCCACGAGAGGGGAUGAUACACGACACUGGGGACCGCCGUAUGCCAAGUAUGUUGAAGGGAGUGGUAAAGAAGGUGUGGGGGAGUCGGCGUAUUUUAUUUCUGUAAACCGGAACAAGAAAUCUGUAGGAUUAUCAUUUCAACAUAAAUCCGGGGUGGAAAUUCUACACAAGCUGGCAGCAGAGGCAGAUGUUUUAGUCGAGAAUUAUCUUCCGGGUACCUUGAAGAAGUAUGGGAUGGAUUAUGCUACCCUGCAAAAAAUCAAUCCCGGUCUGAUUUACGCCUCCAUAACGGGAUACGGUCAAACUGGUCCCUAUUCUAACCGUGCAGGAUACGAUGUCAUGGUCGAAGCUGAGAUGGGAUUGAUGCACAUCACGGGUGCCCGAGAUGGCCCACCGGUCAAAGUGGGCGUCGCAGUGACGGAUUUGACGACGGGAUUAUAUACGAGCAAUAGUAUAAUGGCGGCAUUGUUAGUGAGGGGAAGGACGGGGAAAGGCCAGCAUAUCGAUGUUGCACUGAGUGAUUGCCAGGUCGCGACGUUGUCGAAUCUGGCGAGUAGUUGUCUGAUUAGUGGGCAGAAGGAUGAAGGCCGGUGGGGUACUUCUCAUCCUUCCAUUGUGCCAUACAGGGCGUACAAGACAAAAGACGGGGAUAUUUUGUUCGGAGGUGGAAAUGACCGUCUCUUCGGUCUGAUAUGUGACGGGCUUGGUCGCCCGGAAUGGAAAACAGAUCCUAAGUUUGCGGUUAACCCACAACGAGUGGCACACCGCGAGGAACUCGACUCUGCAAUUGAAGCAAUCACCAAAACAAAGACAACGCAAGAGUGGCUAGAGGUGUUUGAGGGCUCGGGAUUGCCGUAUAGUGCGGUGAACGAUAUUCAGGGGACCCUGAAUCACAAACACGUGUUGGCGAGAGAUAUGAUCAAGGAGAUGGAUCACGAGUGGUGCGGACCAAUUAAGAUGGUUAACACUCCAGUUAAGUACAGUGAGAGCAAACCAAGUAUCAGGAGUGCGCCGCCGGUUUUGGGUCAGCACACUGAUGAGAUUUUGAGCGAGGUUCUGGGUUUGAAUGAAGAGGAGAUAAAGGCGCUGAAAGCCGAGGGGGCUCGCCGGCGCAUACUUCUCUACCUCGAAAUCGCUACCCCCUCUCCGUUCGCAAUGGACGCCCCUCAGCCCCCUAAUCCGAGCACACCUGCUCCUCCUACCACCUCGACCACCUCGAACGAUAUUUCCAUGACCGAUUCUCCUCCCAAAUAUGUCCCGCAGUUUAGCGCCGCUACUGAAAUGAUCCUCAAGCGCAUAAACUCUGGCCUGGGGUCUUCGAACCUCUCCUCGAUAGGGAUAACAGGCACACCUCCAGGUUACGAGGAUAUGAGACGAAAUGUAUUAAUGGGUAUGAAAACUUCAAUGAAUAUGGAGAUUCCUAGUCCACCUGUCAACACAAAUAGAAGGUCUACUGGAGGAAAGGCCCGUUUGUCGAGCGCUGGUCAAAGGAGUGGUAGCUCUACUGCGGUAGGCAGCCCGGCGACUGGGCGACAGAAUAGUGGUACAUCUGCAAGUGGUGGAGCUGGAAAGGGAAGGAGAAAAGGCACCAAGGCAGGGCAGAAGAGGAAAAGGGCUAGGGAUGACAGUGAAAGUUCGUCGGAUUCAGCGGCUAUGUCUGGAUUGGGAGAUGAUUCGGAGUCUGAUGAUGCGGGCAGUGUUACGGAGCUACCCAAGAUGACUCAAUCUGGACGGACAGUUGUUAAACCUACGCAAUUCGUGCCCGCGGUCUCGGAAGGACCAACGAGGAAAAGGGGACCGACGAAGAGAGCGCAAGAGCACGCUUUAUGCAAGAGGUGUGGAAGAGGCCAUAGUCCGGCUAAUAAUAUGAUUGUGUUCUGUGACGGAUGUAAUCUUGGUUGGCAUCAGAUGUGUCAUGAUCCCGCUGUUUCGGACGAGAUGGUGAAAGACGAGAGCGCGCCGUGGUUCUGCGCGGAUUGUAGUCUGAAGCGAGGUCGAAAGGGUGCGGGUUCUGAGCAAGGCCGGGGAGUCUCCUGGCAAGGACGUAGCACCGAAGAAAAACGCUCAUAUUUCUCCUCUCUUUCCCACCAACAGCUCGUCUCGCUACUACUUCAAGCCUGCGUCCUCUAUCCCAACCUCCCAAUCUUCCCAGCAACACCCAAUUCGCACCCCACAUCCGCCCAACUCCCCCCUUCGGGCCCUUCCCGGUCCUCCUCAUCUCAACCUUCCUCCCAAGUAGAUCGUCGCACGAACGUACAUCCCCAACAACCCUUUCCGCCUCCUGCAACCGCUGGCCUCUUCAGCCGCGCGGAGGCGAAUCCAAACGCCCCUAUAAACUUCAUCCGCAAAAUCCCACCCGGUGGCCAGGGAACCCCGAAAGGUACCCCGCAGCCGGAAUCUAAGCAGAGCUCGUCGGCACCGCCCGCAAUCCAUGUUUCAGAAGAUGCUGCGGAUGGUGAUAGUCGAGAGAGCACGCCUGCUAGCCCGCCGUAUCCAAGACCGGGAAAUGGAUUGAUGGCGAAGCUGGGCCCUGAUGAUGAGGAUAUGGAGUGGUUAGUCGACGAGGGCGAUUUUGAAGCUUUUAGUCAUGUUGUUUAUGAGGAGGAUGGUGGAGGUGGAGGUGGCGCUUAGGUUUAUGAUUUGAUGAGAAGCCUCAUGCAGGGUUAUGAAAAUUUUAUGCGAGAGAGUUGAGCAAGUGAACAGUCUGUACGAUUAGCAGUGGGAUAAAUGAGGGGCGCUUCUUUCCUCAAGGAAUUUGUAGUAGUAGCACUCUGAGCACCAAUGAAUGGAUGGACACAAGUCCAGUUGCUAACCUUGAAGUCCCAUGCAGUCUCUCAGAUAUACGGAGAGAUGAGACACAAGUCCGACGAGUAAAAUGCUAAAGUUGAGGCACAGAGGCAGGCAAAAUUGAAGGAGGUGGACAAGAAAUGACCGUGGAGACGUUCAAUGGAGACGUCGGGAUG